AUGGAAUCAGAAGUUCCUAGGUGUGAAGCUAUUCAACCACACAAAAAGCACUCUUCCGGUAUCCGAAGCAGUUUGUCCGAAAUGGCGGAAAUUCUACACGUUCCUGAAUAUCUGCGAUCUCCUCUGACAUUCAAGAAGAGCGUUGACACAGAGUCCGACAUUUCCAUCACGCAGUACGCCAUCAAUACGCUCCGGGAUUUGAUCGCACGACAACCAACAGAAAGACGCAACGCCUUCGGUUGUUUUUGCAAACGUCUGUGUAAAUGCGCUAACAACCGCGUAGAGCCGUCAGAAAAUCUGACGUUGCAAAUUACAACACGUCAUCAUGACCAAGACGCGAUGAAUCAGGCAUGCAUGUAUGUCAACUCCGACAAUUUUGACGGUCUGGUGGAUGUGGUGAUGAGAUCGCCAUCAGUGGUGCAACAACGUGAUUCCGACGGACGAACGCCUUUGCAUUACGCAUCGAUCAAGGGAAACCCGAAAAUUCUCAAAUUCCUGUUGGCAAAUAAAGCCAGAGUGAACGAAGUGGAUGAACAGGGGAAUUUGCCCAUCCACUUUUCCGUGACGGAGGGACAGACCCCGGCUGUCCGGUUGUUGCUCAGUGCCGGCGCUGACGUUCUGUACGCGAAUAAAAACGGUCUACAGCCGAUUCAUAUUGCCUGUGAAAGAAACGACACAGCCACCCUGAAAGCACUCCUUGAGGUGGACGGCAUAGAUGUGAACGCAGAGGGACAUCGAGGAGCCACACCACUCCAUUACUGCUGCAGCAGGGACAGUGUGGAUUGUUUGAACUUGCUGCUACAAAGUGGGGCAUAUAUCUACACAAGAGAUCUUGAAAACACCUACCCUAUUCAUGCAGCUAUAGCCAGCAUAAGUCACCGAUGUGUCCAAGCGUUGUUCGAUCACGAGGAAAGAAUCAAUUCGCAGAGAGGAAGCAAUGAUUUGGGCCUGACUGAUCUCCUGGCGAAAAGUGAUGCAUCGUCGGUACGCCUAUCCAUUUCUUCGACAGGAGCUGCGAACCGCAAUGUCAGUAAAGACAGCAGUCCACUUGGUGGCAUGCACAAAAAGAGGCGGAUCUCAAAGACGGAAAAACAAUUGAUACAUUUGGCGCGUACUUUGAGCCGAUUCAGCAAGGAGAAUAUGUUGAAUGAGAAUCGUUUGAUCGAGUUGGUAGACAGCGAAGGAGAAACGCCUUUACACGCUGCUGUAGCUUCAGGAAACGCGGAAAUGGUUAAGAUAUGUUUAGAGAAAGGCGCACAUGUGUUGGCAAAACAAAGUGACGAAAACACCCCUGUUCACUACGCAUGCAUCAAAGAUGAUUUGGAGUGCGUGCAACUCAUGUUCAACGCAAGGCCUGAAUCGAAAGCGAGGGUUUUGCGGAUGCCCAACAAGAAUGGUUACACACCACUUCAUCUGGCCGCUGUGUACAAUCAUGAGAAGCUGAUUGAAUAUCUAGUCGAACAGGGUUCCCCAUUGGAAUUGGUCGACCGUAACAACUGGACCCCGCUGCUGCUUGCCGCAAUGAAAGGAUCAUUUCAGGCAUGUGUACAGCUUCUUCGUCUAGGAGCGAACCCUAGAGCACACGAUCUGUACAACCGCAACUUGGUGCAUCUGCUUAUGUUUUUUCAAGGACCUGGAGUGCGGACCGUGCUCCCGGAACUAAACGAUGAGAGUCUGUUCAAGACGCUGUUAAAUGAGAGAGACAAUUAUGGGUCAACUCCACUGCACUACUCCACCAGGAUGGGCAAUCUAGGCGCCACAACAGCGUUUCUUCUGCGUGGUGCCUCAACCCUUGAAAGAGACAAUGAACGAAACACACCAUUGCACACAGCUGCACACUUUGGUCGGUUGCACACGUGUGAGAAGCUGCUGGACACUACGCACGGAAUGCGAGCCAUGAACUCCCCGGAUGCUUUGGGACGUCUGCCCAUCCACGUGGCGGUUGAACGCGGACAUGUUGGUGUGGUGAAGCUGUUCCUUGAAAAAGGAUGCGUCUUUCGAAAAUGUCAUUUGGGUAACACCCCACUUCAUUACGUGGCCAUCGGAGGCAACAUCCAGGCUUGUCGGAUCCUACUGCAGACAAAUCCAUCUUUACUAAACCAAACCAACUUCCAUGAGAUGACAGCACUUCAUUACGCCGCGAAAGAGAACAGACCGCAAAUUGUGGAAUGUCUGCUUACUUCGAAGGCCCUCAUUACUCCGGACAAAGAUGGAUUGUUCUUUGUCACGUAUGCUUUGCAGCGUAGAAAUCAUGAAGCGAUGCAAGUGAUCAUAUCACAUCCUAGGUGGCCAGAGAUACGUGGCCUUUUGGACAAUACUGCCCAGUGUCCUGUAGAUGGGUGUAUCAGAAAUAUGCCAGCAAUGUGCAUUAUGAUCAUGGAUCGAUGCAUAAAAGAAACGGGGUCCAGGAGCUCACUGGAUCAUGAGGUGGUUUACGACUUCACGGUGUUACAACGUCCCACAAAGCCAAGAGAGACCACCCCCAAAGACCCAAUGCGACGCAUGAAGCUAAUGGUCGAACUGCAACGCAAAGAAUUACUGACACAUCCACUCUGCACAGCUUACUUGGAAAGAAAGUGGCACACCUAUGGUCGCUGGAUUCAACUGUGCGCUACAAGCUAUUACGCCACACUUCUUGCUGCAAUCACCACAUUGGUGCUCAAUCACAGUCCAAUUCGACAUGUGGAGACACUGGAUAAACUGAAACCAUGCUGGGGGCUAUUCUACCAGACACAAACCAACAUGUAUAUCGCCUCCGUGGUCGCUUCAUUCGUACUGGUGCUAACCGUGGUCGAUCUGGUGGCGAAAACUUGGCAGCUAUUAUCGCAACGUCUUGAAUAUUUCAAGGAUUGGAAUAAUUACGUGGAAUUUUUACUCAGCGCACUCGCAAUGAUUUAUUCAGCAAUGACACUGGCGGGACACAUGGAUCAUCACCAAGUUGGUCUUGGAGUUAUCGUCAUGUUCCUGGCCUGGUUUAACUUUUUGCUUCAAAUGAUGCGUUUCAGUCAUGUUGGGAUUUUUGUCGUGAUGUUUCUACAUGUCUUCGCAACUGUGGCCAAAUGCCUGAUUGUAUUCUCCGUGGUAUUCAUCGCUUUCGCGUUAUCAUUUCACGUGCUGUUUCGAAUUCCACAAUACAAGGACUUUUUAGAAUUAAACCGUGAAAGACGUGAACAAGCAGCGUUCUGUUUUGGAACGCUUGGACAAUUUGCAGCACUUAGCGAAGAUAAUCUGACCAAGGCCGAUAUCGCCAUCGAAUUGCAACCAUUUCAAUACUUUGGGCUAUCAAUGUUCAAAACCCUGAUGAUGAUGCUUGGUGAAUACGAACACACAGCUACGGUGAUUGAACCGCUGACGGGAAACAGUCCAUUGUCUGUUCACUAUCCGGCCAUCACAUUGAUCUUCUAUAUAGCAUUUAUCUUCUUAGUUCCCAUCAUCAUUAUGAACUUACUGAUUGGUCUAGCCGUUGGUGAUAUCGAACACGUCCGUCGGAGCGCCGUUCAACAACUGAUCUCUCAACAAGUUUAUUGGCUGGCCGACCUGGAGCCAAAACUGAUGUUCCUAUUUAGAUCGCGAAUUUAUCAACCAUAUUGGAAGAGAAAAUCCAGAAAGCGAUUUAAAGCUGGUGUUUUACCGGGUGAGGAUUCUGACCACGGUUUGAAUGAUGUGACUCUGCGGAGCAACCUAAAAGAAGCAUUGUCUCGGGUAGACGGAAUAGAAAAACAAGUUGCGCUUCAAUCCACUAGAAUGGCUGCAAUCAUUGACAAAUUGGGCAUUAAGACAAAGGAAUUCACCAUUGAUGAAGGAAUCUACCCAGGAGUUCUUCUCGGGGAGGAGGGAUUUUCUAUGGACCGGUCUAUGAAAUAG